AUGACCAAUCCGUACGCCCGCCCGACGGUACAGCCGCACAUCGAAGACCUGCCAUCCGACUGCGGGUUGCAGUGGCUGGGAUAUACGUUAUGCCGGUCUUGGAUUAGAUGCGCUACAGCUGGAAAAUAUUUGACUACCAUAACACUGUUUGUUUUCUUCCAAACGGCAUCACAGAGAUACUUUUUUUCGACGUUAGAAUCGAGAAGUUAUAAUAUACCUAAAGAUAUAUCAAAUUGGCUGUGGAUUCUCAGUGGAUUUGUUCAUUUGAUGCUAUCGACAUUCAUUGGAUACCGAGGGGGUAAACGCAACAAGAAUUCAUGGAUUGCAUUUUUUGGGAUCCUGCAAGGAAUUUUGGCCGUAUUACUGGCAAUGAUCAAUGCGUCCGAUCAUUACAGUUUUCAACGACCAUCAGCAUUAGUUUUGGCAACUUUAGAUACGCCGUUAUGCGACUCUAUUCACGGUGCCCACGUAAAGGAACCGUACGUCCCAUUACACUUGGUGAAAACUGCAGUGUUGUUCUUGCUCCAAGUCACCAUGUCACUAGGAAGCACAGCCCUAUUGGCUCUGGGUCUAGGUCAACUUGACGAAUCAGUGGCCCCGACCAAAAUACCGGCUUGCAUAGGCGUAGUCAUCGGUUCGUCACUGCUGGGACUCCAGACAGGGUUGAUGGUGGGAAAAUUUGCAUUCCACGUGAGCGCAGAGUUCAACUUGGCCGGUGACAUCGUGUGGCUCAUUAUUGGUCUAAUACUAAUCGUCGUAUCUUUCAUCGUGGCUCUAUAUCCAAGCAGACUGGUCACGAGCCGUGCUUCGACGUUAAUACGCAACAGCCCAAUUUAUCGAAACAACAGAUACGAUUUCAAGAGCACGCUGGGAAGAAUUUUCAGUAACAAGUUAAUUUUAUCCAAUAUUGCCGCCAUCGCUUGUGUGUAUACAGUAUUAAUCAAUAUGCUGUACGAAGAACCCAAUUAUAUGGAAUCAGUAUUUUUCGUACCCAAACACACAAUGGAUGCAACUGAUCAAAAUACCAUAAUCAUUGAUUUUUUGAGAUUUCCUUUGGCAGCGGUUUGCGUGUUUUUAUCUGGCGUGUUAAUAUGUAUUACACAGCCAAGAGCCACGUUGUUAGCCGCCUGGAACAUUGGCAUAAUUUGUGUUGUAACUAUAUUAGUCUUCACCAGCAUGUUCCUCAGGUGUUCCAAAAUACAAGUACACAAUCAAUUAACACAUAAGUCCGAAUUAAACGAAUUUUGCAAUAAGGAUUGCAAUUGUCCGGACAAUAUUCCAUUUGAACCGGUUUGUUCGUCCAACAGCCAUAUAGUCUAUUAUUCACCCUGUCACGCCGGUUGCAGGACCCAGGAUCUAUAUUCCAGACAGGAGUACGUUGGGUGUGCUUGCGUCCAAACUGAAUCCGCCAGCAAGCGCGCUUGUUAUGAUCAUAACUGCCACCAAAUGAACGUCGGAUAUCAAUCAAUUUCAGUGUUGAUCCUGUCGUUAUUGGGAACUUGUAUAGUUGGCACAAUAAUUUUACUGCUCAGAAGCGUUGAACCUGAUGAUCGCACCACAGCUUUGGGAUUCGCAGUGACUUUUAUUUGUUUGAUGGGACAUGUGCCAGGAAAGAUACUUUACCUAUUUGUCGGACAUGUAACGUGUAUUUUGUAUGACAGCAACGAUCAGUGCCGGUUAAAUGGUGCGGCAACGUUUUCCACCUACCUUAGUCUUUCCAACAUAUGUAUACUCAUGACGUCAUCAGCGCUCUAUGCGUGCGUGUGCUUAAUGUCAAGGCCACUACGUCCGUAUGGAACUUCGGAUUCUGCGAAAAAAUUUAUCGUUAGCUCAGUAUCGAGUCCGUUGAGUCCGUUAACACCACCUGGAUUUGAAGAACGAGCACCCACACCAACCAGAAAGCCGCCGAAGAGAAGACCGUCUGACUUAACGUUUUCUGCUUCGAACACCAAUAUCGAUUUCACCAGACAUACGGACGACUAUUCGCCUAGGAGUCCCGGAACAACACUGAGAGAAGGAGGGGUCUUAACCACGUUACUGUAA